CAUCUGCCUCUGCGACACACACACCGUCAGACUGAAGACCACUCUUAGGACAGUUUCUCUUCUGGAUGGGAAGCGUCUCCUUCCCCUUUCUGGACAACAGAAGAGUUGAAUAUUGCAAAUGAGAGAAAAAGAAAUGCUCUGUUUGCGUGAAUCCGGCGACUGCCUGCGGGAGCAGAUGCAGUACAUGAUGCGGUCGCUGCAGGAUCUGAAGCAGCUGCGGAGGACGUGCCCCGGAGCCAGGCAGCCCCUCGCCCCCCUCGGCCACCAGCUCCCGUCCCUGGCGCGCCACUCCGCGGUUGCGCGCGCCUGUCAACAGCGGGCGUUGCGGCGGGAGCAGCGCGCACGUCUGCGAAUGUCGGACGCCAGCACCACCAGCACAUACGACUCGGCGUGCUGUUUAGCAAGCCCUCUGGAGGAGGAAGAGGAGGAGGAGGAGGAGGAGGAUGACUCCAGCAGCAGGCUGGGCCUGAGCCUUCGGUUGGGCCUCGCCUCUCCCAGCAGUCACAAGAGCUUGGAGUUCGAUUCCGGCUACUCCGAGGCGUCGUGGCAGGACGACACCGUGGUUCUCAGGAGGACGAGGAACGUGAGGGUGUCGUCUUCGGCGUGCAUUCGCACAAACCGGGCGCAGAGUGGACGCGUGCGACCCAAAUCCACCUCGGACGCCUGUCUGGAGACGUGGACGUCGUUUGAGGUCGGCGAGCCGGGGGACUGGACGAACUCUUUAUUGACCAGAGGACGCAACCGGCAGCCUCUGGUCCUGGGCGACAACAGCUUUGCAGACCUCAUCCAGAACUGGAUGGACUUACCAGACUGUGACGAACCCGCUGAGCUGAAGCCAAGUCCGCGAGGUCGACUGGGGAGAGGCUUUUUCGUCAACAUGAGGAAGAAACUUGCCGGAUUUUCUAAGAGCGUGGAGGACAGAGUGAAGAUGAGGUCCACGGAGCCGUCUCAUCUGAACAGAACUGCCAACGCUCCAAAGCGCCUGUCCUGUCCUGUCGUACCUUCACAGCCUAAAAUUCCCUUUUUCCACCAAUCCCACUCGGCCAUCAAUGAGCUGGACUCAGACUUCUAUCGCUUUGCAGCCCUCAUGAAGUCGGGCAGCCGACAGCCCAUAAUCUGCAAAGAUAUUAUUGGAUACGUCUGACGCAACUCUAUGCAAAGUCUUGUAGAGACAAGACAGCCCUGAAGUAACUAUUUUUAUGUGACUGUUUACUUGCUGAUAUGCUGAAAGCUAUUAAAA